GAGCUAAGUACCUUUUCCCAUUCCAUCAUCCUUCCCUUCCCCCGGCGGGAUUGAGACUUCCGACUCUCGUCCUCGCCACCGGCGCCGCCUCGUCGCUCGGCCACCGCCGCUCCAUCGCACCGAGAGAGAGAGAGAGAGAAAUGGAGGUAGAGAGACUUGGGUGCAUGAACUCGUUCGUGGACCAGGGGAGCGUGGAGAGCUGCCGCUACUUCCUGGCGCGGCGCACCGUCCUGGAGAUGCUCCGCGACCGUGGCUAUCCCAUCCCCGCCGAGCAGAUCAACCUCACCCUCGACGAAUUCCGCUCCGAGUACGGCGAGAGCCCCGAUCGCAAUCGCCUCAGCCUCUCCUACUCCCUCUCCUCGCAGCCCAACAACAAGGUUCAUGUUAUAUUUUGUGGAACUGAACCUGUCAAAUUGGCAGUGAUACGUGAAAUAUACAUGCAAGUUGGUAAAGAAAAUUUGUAUGGGUUAAUAUUAAUUCUCCAAAGCAAAAUGACAUCGAAAGCUCGAGAAGCAAUCAAAGAUAUUUUCAAAUUUAAAGUGGAGACAUUUCAUAUCACUGAAUUGCUGGUCAACAUUACAAAGCAUGUUUUGAAGCCAAGGCAUGAUGUGCUUACAGAAGAAGAGAAACAGAAGCUUUUAAAGAAGUACAACGUGGAGGAUAGCCAGCUUCCUCGAAUGCUGGAAACUGAUGCAAUUGCUCGAUAUUAUGGUCUUCAGAAGGGACAGGUUGUGAAGGUGACGUACGAUGGAGAACUUACUCGGUCUCAUGUCACUUACCGCUGUAUCAUGUGAUAACAACUUGUGGAAAUAUAACCAAAUGUUAGUUCUGCAAUGCGCUGUUUGUUUCUAACUCUGCAUGUCACAUGGAUUGCUAGCUUGAAUUGACCUUUUUCCCCCCUUUUUUGGGUACCAAUGAUCAUUCAUGUUUUAUUUGCUUAGUUUUCUGUCUUUGUUAGUUCAUUAUCUGGUUCUUGCUCCAUAGGGAACUGCUAACAAACCGAUAGGAUGUCACCUAAGUUUCUGAACUUUUUUUCUGACCACAAUCUUCUAUCGAACAAUCUGUUAAUUUGCCAGAUUUGGCUCGAUUAUGUACAUGUGCUU